CCUCCCGGCCAGACAUAGCCAAAAUCGACCCCGCCUACGCGUUGUCUGCCACUACCACGAUCCGUUCAUCGUCAUUUGCAUAUUGACUGCUGCCCUUCCCCCCAUCUACCCAAAAGAACCAUUUGCUUCUGAUCCAAAAGCUUCACACACGCUCCCUUGUGGUACUGUCGAACCUGCUCACGAAAUCUACCUACGAAUCUACGAAUCUACGAAUCUACGAAUCUCCCACCUUGACGCCAGUUAACGAUUGCCGCCUAUACCACAACCACGAACCACAACAAUCAAAUUCAGCACCGUUUUCAUGCACAUUGUGACCAUCUGGGAUCCGAGAUACCUGUAUACACUCACAAAAUGACGGGAACUGAGACAGCUUCGGGCGGUGGCGCCCAAGACAUGUUGAGGAAAGCAACACAGGCCUUGAUGUCAAGUAAAUCUGGCGAAGAUGACGCGAACGAUCACAUUGACUCCGACACUCCUCGAUCGGGAGUCGCGACACCGAAACCUGAUCCGUCCGAUAAGCGGUUGCCUGGGAUUAUGCACAGUUAUUUUCAGAGCCAUCCUGCGACACCAACACGAGCCCUCUCGAACAACACUUCCACUUCAGACAACAGUGACCAUGGCCACGAGCUAGUUCACAAAAGACCCUCGGGCUUGUCUGAGUCGAAGUCGAGCAGCUCCGACAUAAGCGGUGCACCCGUGAGAGCACCACGAGGGAAGCUCACCGUGAAGAUCGCCGAGGCACGAGGCCUGCGCCGAAGCAAGGACCCCUACGUUGUAGCAGUAUUCCAACGCAACGAGCUUGUUUCCAAGGGCCCGCGAUCCGAGGAUGAGGAUGACGAAGAUGAAGAGGCGACGAUCAGCCCACCUCCGGGUGGUAUCCCAAUCUCGCGCCAACCUAGCGACUCUGGCAGGCCAAUGGCAAUUCCAAUGAAGAGCCGCCAAAGCAGCAACAACAGCGACCCGGAACCCCGAGACUUCAAGAUUAAAAGUCGUCGAUCGAUGACAAACCCGAAGUGGGAAACGGAAGCUGUCUUUGACGUCGUUGGCGAUGAAUCCAGGGUCAGCGUCAGCGUCUACGACCGCGGCUCCUUGUCCGAAGAUUUCUUGGGUCACGUAGACUUUAACCCCGAGCUAUCAGAGUAUGACACGGCUCCGGUCAAGGGCUGGUAUCCUCUACGGGACAGGAAGGGCGAGGAGGACUCUUCGAUCGGCGAAGUAUACGUCGAAAUUUCGUUCGAACGGACGGAUAAGAGACAUUACGGACCGGAAGACUUCCAAAUCCUCAAGCUCAUCGGAAAGGGCACAUUCGGCCAAGUCUACCAAGUCCGAAAGAAGGACACCAAGAGAAUUUACGCGAUGAAGGUCCUCCAAAAGAAGGUCAUUGUGCAGAAGAAGGAAGUUGCACACACUGUUGGUGAGAGGAAUAUCUUGGUCCGCACAGCUAUGACCGAGUCUCCCUUCAUUGUCGGCCUCAAAUUCUCGUUCCAAACACCUACCGACUUAUAUCUCGUCACUGACUACAUGUCUGGUGGCGAACUCUUCUGGCAUCUACAGAAGGAAGGCCGCUUUGAUGAAAACCGUGCCAAGUUUUACAUCGCAGAGCUCAUUCUUGCACUUCAGCAUCUGCAUCUGCACGACAUUGUCUAUCGCGAUCUCAAGCCAGAGAAUAUUCUGCUUGAUGCCAAUGGACACAUUGCACUCUGCGAUUUUGGCCUAUCAAAGGCAAACUUGACGAAGAAUGAUACAACGAACACAUUUUGCGGGACCACAGAGUACCUCGCACCUGAGGUACUACUCGACGAGGCCGGCUACACCAAGAUGGUCGAUUUCUGGUCACUUGGUGUACUGGUAUUCGAGAUGUGCUGUGGCUGGAGUCCCUUUUACGCGGAAGAUACCCAACAAAUGUACAAGAAUAUUGCCUUUGGGAAAGUACGCUUUCCCAGGGAUACGUUAUCGACAGAGGGCCGCAACUUUGUUAAGGGCCUUCUGAAUCGCAACCCCAAGCACCGUCUCGGCGCUAUUGACGACGCGGAGGAGCUCAAGAGGCACCCAUUCUUUGCUGACAUCGACUGGGAGGCUCUCACGAAGAAGCUGAUCACUCCUCCCUUCAAGCCCAAGCUCAAGUCGGAGACGGACACCUCGAACUUCGAUCCCGAAUUCACCAAUGCCCUUAACGGCGCCUCGUCGCUCAACGCACGUGCCGCAGCCCUGGCUGCCGGUAUCGUGACGUCAACCCCGCUGUCGCCCGGUAUGCAAGCCAACUUCAAGGGUUUCACCUUCGUGGACGAGAACUCCAUUGAUGAUCACUUCCAAGACCGCGCCAAGUACGACAUUGACGAGAUAGACGAGGCCUGGGACGACCGCGAGGGCAAGACGAACCGCAUGAGCGGCAUCGUCAAGUCGCACCCCAACGAGGAUAGCAGCAUGAUCAACGGCGAGCAUUUCGACAUGUAAAAGCUCUGGUAGUUGACUCGUCGUCGGAGGGAGGAUCUAUAUAUCUUUUAUUCUUGGUUUCCAUCAUCAACAUCAUUAUCGUCAUCGGGGACUGUUUUUUGGGGUAUCGACACGCAUAGGUUGCGGAGUUUAUUAUAGUCUUAUCUUUUUUGUCCUCGCUUGCUUCGUCGCUUGCUUGCUUUGCAUUUUUUGCAUUUUGGAUAAAGGCGUAUAUUUGUGUUGGCAUGAAGACGGUGCAACCCGGCCAUUCGUUGUUUGGAGACGGGAUUGGGGAGACGGGGGGUGUGCUUGGUGUACUAAGCCUCGGAGGAUGAUACCACAAGCUAGUUUUUUUGAAAGUUUUUGGGGAGGAUGGUGAGAGUGAAGAGUCGUUUUCAUGAUGAAUAGUUGUGGCUUGGCUGGCUAUGGAGACGUCUGUCCAGUGAGGAACUCGUUGGAUGGGGGGUGGGGGGCGUGAUGUUUUGUAUAUCUCUUCACACCGUAGUUAGUCAGGAAUGCUUGGGUCAUGGGUAUUGUGCUGUGCUGUGCUGUGCUGUGCUGUGCUGUGCUGUGCUGUGCUGUGCUCU